AAAAUGUCUGACAAGCCAAUGAUGCCAAAAAUUGUUCAACCUCUCUGUUUUUCAUUGAGAAGCCUCAAAAACCACACGGCACGUAAAUCCAACGCUUACCCUUGUCUCAACACAAUGGAGAGGUUAAAAGCUACAGGAGACAACUGCAAUACAGUACGUGUAAACGUGCUCACACCCAGUCCAGAACGCUUUCUUCCCUCCACUAAACCAGAGGUCACUGUACUGACGCCCAGUCCUGAACGCCUUCUUCCCUCCAGCAAACCAGAGGUCACUGUAAUCAGUGACGAUUCAGAUGAUAUCCCAGAUGUGGAAGAGCCCUACUCGCUUCCGCCCACUCCUUCUAUCAGUGACGACAGUGACGACCUCUUUGUUCUCUCCUGCCUACCUAAAGUUAAAUCGGUGACAUCGUUAAGUGAAACUUGUAGAAAUAACGGUCUAGAUAACCGGAGUUUAGUCCUCAUUCCUACCGUCAAAUCAGUAACGACGGUUAGGGAGAGUGAUGAGAUACCAAGUAAUCUGAGAGUGCACCCCUGUCACUGGCGUGACUGCCACACCUCGUGUGAGACUCCUGAGUCGCUACAUAUACACAUCCUAUCCCUUCACGCCACCGUGGAGGCGAUGAGUUGCGGGUGGGCUGAUUGCUCAGUGUACGGCAAGAAGUUCCGGAACGUAGCAUUGUUCGGAAGACACGUACAGACCCACACAGGGGCUCUCAACUUCGCCUGUAUCUGGGAGGGGUGUAGUGAGAGAUUUAAAGAAGACAAAUAUCUCCAAAUACACUUGUCGACACACCUACGACAGAAAUUCAAGAAGAAAAGUGAUGACAAUAAGAAGAAAAAGAAAGAAGAAGAACAUUCCAAACAAAUCGCCAGAUCACAGUGUCUCAGAAAAAGAAGAUUGGUGUCAAACCGUCCUGUUAUUCGACAAAACUUUAUCAACAUCUUGGACGAGAACGGUAUCGAUAAGAAGACGAUGAAAUUUUUGCGGAAGAAAGUAUGCCAGAUCAAACGAUGUGCUGAUGGGUACAGGGCCAUAGAGCUAUCUGCAGAUAAAGUUGGCUACAGGCAUGACGCGGUAACUGGCAAACAGUGGCUUUUACAGGCUAAGAGAGAGCGGACACUGAUGCGUUGGUCGACCAACAAGAACGCAAAGAUCUGUGUGCCAUGGAAGAAGUGUCCGGAUGAUGUCUUGAUUCAGUUAGGACUACUUGCAAAACAACCCAGAAGACGGAAACAGAGUAGGACUCUAAUUUUAUGAUGACGAUUGUUGCAAAAUGUAGCUUUAUAUAAAGUAUAGUGUUACUUU